AUGCCGCAAGUAGUAGAUGCGGCCGCCGCAGCAGCCUCCGCGAGCUUGUGUUGGCCGCCCUUGGGCGCCUUCGCGCAGGCCUCCAGCGAAGCCCCCCCAGACUGGUGGCAGCAGGGGCAUGCCAUGGGGGCCAUCCCAGAGCGACAGUCCAAUAGGCAGUCUCCUCAGAUCUCAGGCAGCCCCCACACCACCCCCACCAGCCCCAUGAACCAAUCGCGCGAGAUGUCGCAGCUGUCGAUGUUCCGCCUCGGCUCCGAGACGGAGGUUGAGCGCGGCUCCAGCUGCGAGGGUGACAUGGGGCCCUGCACCAGCGAUGGCAUGCCAGCCUCUGCGCCCUCCUCCAUGUUCUUCAACACGGGGCCCAGCGGGCAGCGAGACGCGCCCUCGGCCCCCGCGCUCCCUCCGCGAGACACCAAUUCCCCGCCACCGCUGCCGCCGCAGCUGCGCGCAGCCGAGGGGGGGAUAGUGGGGCUGAGCACCGUGGGGCUGGAUGGGGACUCGGGGGAGCAGAAGGCCUCGUUGGACAGCAGCUCGAUGUGGUCGCCAAUGCUGACCACCGGGAUGGCCGCGCUGCAGACGACGAUGGGGGCCGGCAGCAGCGUGCAGGGGGACGCGCCGGCCGGGCGGCUGCCGGCCGCGCCGAGCCUGCAGUCCUGGGCGGGCAGCCUGGAGGUGCCCGGCUGCCCGGCAGGGCGUUCCUCGACCCUCAGCUCGCCCGCUGCGGCUGCCGCUCCGCUGGAAUCGCCGCCGCCUUCGCCCCUGCAGGAGGCACUGGGCGUGGGCCGCGAUGCCGAUCCCUCGCUGCAGGGCGGCUCUGUCACGCUCAGCAUGCUCGCACAGGGAGCCAGCGUGCAGUCCAGCCCGCAGCUGCCCAUGAGCAGCCGGGAUCGGACGCCCGCCGCGGCCGCCGGCGAUUCCUGGGGCGCCCCCGACACGCCGCGCCCGAGCGCUUGGGAGGACCAGCCGGUAGCCGCCCCUGCAGCGCAGGCGCCGGCCGGAGCCGGCGGCAGCGCAGAUAUCGCGGCAGCAGCAGGCACCGGGCAGGCGACGGCCGGCAGUGCCGUGCGCUAUGAGAGGGAUAGCUGGGCCGCUGGAUAUGUCCGCCCCGACACAGGCAGCGCCGCUGGGGCAGCCGGCCGUGAUGCGGCGGCGAGCCCUGCGACCAGCAGUACCUUGCAGACGGCACUGGCGGACGAGGCACGCGGGGCGGCCAGGCUGGGGCGGCCGACAUUUCGCGAGCGGACAGACAGCGCAAUAUACCACCGGGACGAGGAGGCUCCGGAGGCUCCCUCCGCGCCGUUCAGGGUCGUCCGGCUGGAGCCGUUGACUUCUGCGUCGCCGGCGCCUGCGCGGGAGAAUGCGCGUGGCAGCAGAGGGGUAGAUACGGGCAGGGGCGGCGCGCAGGGGCAGACAGGGGAGAUGGGGCUGCGCGGGGCGGAGGAGGCGGAUGCACGCGCGCAUGUGCUGCAGGCGGAGCUGGGCACCAGCGUGGUGCAGCUGUGCCGCCGCACGCGCGAAUCGCUGGACGCUCAGGCCGCGCCGGGGCCGUCCGCCGCGCAGGUGUGGCCGGGGCUGAGCCUGAAUACCGCGCUGACCCCUAAUAGCGGCAUGCGCUCGGUUGCGUCUGCAGUGGACGGCUCGAGGAUGGAGCGAGAGCUCUCCUCACCCUACACAUCCUCUGUCAUGCCACCUGGCCAGGAAGAGAAUUGGACGCAGGUGGAGGGUCCUCGGCUGAGCGGCCAGCGCAGCAGCGAGCAGACCAGCGGCAGGCUUGGCGAGGCGGCGGCGGCUGCGGCCGGCGCGGGCGGCUACUCCCGCGCGCAGCCGCAGGCCGGGCCGGCAUCUGCGCGGCAGCCGCUCCUGGCUGGGGACCGCGCCGGGGGCGGCGGCGGCAGCAGAAGUGUGAGGCUGAGCGGGGAAGCGAGCUUUGGGUCCAGCAAUUCCAACGGCCCGCGCCUGACGGAGGCGCUUCUGGCCGACCUGGAGACCCAGCAGAAGAUGCACGCGCGCAAGGAGAAGCUGGAUGUUCAUGGGCGGACGCGGGCGUGGCUGGCUGCAGCAGAGCUCACCCUGGAGACGGAGUGCCGGGCAAAGAGGAUGGCAGCAGCGCGAGAAAAGAGCUUGAACUCUGUUGACUCAGCCAUGAAGAGAGGGGGCAGGAGCACCCCUGCAAAGGCAGCAAACAAAAAGGCAGAACCCAAAAAGCAAAAGGAGCGCCAGGGAUUUGGCCAGUGGCUGUCCUGCUUUAUUGGAGGGGGCACGCACUGA